CCGCAUUAAGCCCCAAACAUGCCAAUCUUCGUAUAAAGAGAGCUUCUCCGCUCUUUUGCCAUCACGCAUUAUCUGUCCCUCCCCUCCCACAGCCUACGAGUUACGCAAUGUCUUCCACCGACAAUAUACUCGCUGCUUCGAAAAAGCACCCAAAGCCUGCUGAUCGGGUUUUCCAAUAUGGCACGGCUGGCUUUCGCAUGAAUGCUAGCCUCUUGGACUCUGUCGUAUUCAGGGCAGGGUUAACAGCAGCCUUGCGGUCUCGAAAACUUGGCGGCCAAACUAUUGGCGUCAUGAUCACGGCUAGUCAUAAUCCUCCUGAGGACAAUGGCAUCAAGCUUGUUGAUCCCAUGGGAGAGAUGCUCGAGAACUCCUGGGAGGCACACUCUACGGAGCUUGCAAACGCCCAGUCGGACGAGGAGCUGGUUCAGAUCUACAAAAAGCUGGAAGCUUCGCUCAAGAUAAGCCCCGAGACGACCGCCCGUGUCAUCUUUGCCCGUGAUACGCGCCCGUCGGGUCCUAAGCUCGUCGCUGCGUUGGUUGAUGCGCUCGAAGCUACCGGGGCAGAGUACACCGACUACAAAACUUUGACGACACCUCAGUUGCAUUACCUCACUCGCUGCAUAAACACAGAGGGGACCCCGCAAUCAUACGGAGAGAUCAGUGAGAAGGGAUACUAUGAGAAGCUGUCGUCCGCCUUCAAGAGGGCUAUGAAGGGCAAGACGACCUCUGGCCACAUCACCGUUGACUGUGCCAAUGGUGUUGGAGGACCUAAGCUUACCGAGCUGAUUAAAUACCUGGACAAGGCAUCGGAAGGCGGGAUUGAUAUCAAAAUCGUCAACGAUGAUGUCCUGAAGGCAGAGUCUCUGAACCAUGAGUGCGGUGCAGACUACGUCAAGACCAAGCAAAGAGCUCCCCCCGCUUCAAAAGCUGGCCCAAAUGAGCGCUGCUGUUCUCUCGACGGAGAUGCUGACCGCAUCAUUUAUUACUUCAGCGAUCCUGAGAAUGGUUUCCGUCUUCUCGAUGGAGACAAGAUUGCCACUUUGGCUGCGUCCUUCAUUGGCGACCUAACUCGCGAAGCUGGUCUUGCUGAGGAGCUGAAGAUCGGCGUUGUCCAGACUGCAUACGCCAAUGGCGCCAGUACUAACUAUGUGACCAAGUCGCUGAAGCUUCCAACUGUGUGCACUCCAACCGGAGUGAAGUGGCUUCAUCACGCUGCAACCAAGUUCGAUGUCGGCGUCUACUUUGAGGCCAACGGCCAUGGUACCGUCGUCUUCUCGCAGCAGGCUGUGAAGGCGUUCCAUACCAAGGAGCCCCAAUCCCCCGCUCAGAAGAACGCCCUAGAUACCCUUUGUGCCCUUUACGACCUCAUCAACCAGACCGUCGGCGAUGCCCUGUCUGAUAUGCUCCUCGUGGAGGUAAUCCUCGCCCACAAGUCAUGGACGCCGAAGGAGUGGGACCUCACCUACGUUGACCUUCCCAACCGCCUCGUGCGCGUUGAGGUUGGCAACAGGAACCUCUUCAAGACCACGGAUGCAGAGCGCAAGCUUGUUGAGCCACAGGGUGUGCAGGCUCAGAUUGAUGGACUGGUGGCCAAGUUCAAGGAUGGCAGGUCCUUUGCGAGAGCUAGCGGAACAGAGGACGCUGUCCGUGUUUAUGCUGAGGCCGCCACUAGGAGCGAGGCGGACGAUCUCGCUGCCAAGGUUGCGGCUGUCGUCAAGCAGAAUGGUAGCAUUUAAUGAUAGGCUAAAGAUCGGAUGUAGACGCAGUUAUGAGAUACAAAACAAGAAAAGUCUGUUGAUUUGAAGCUAGAGGAGUUCCGUUGUUAGGGAUACCAAAAUAAACGUUAGAUAUAGUACUUAAGUUUGCAACGUGAGUAAGUGUAGUCAAAGGGCUAUAGCUUUACUCCCAACUCUUUAGUCUCCUUUCCGUCUACUAACUCUAAAUAUUGAUGUCAAGAAUUGAAGGUCUUUGACGCCAAUAAAGAAAGACCAUCAAGAAGGGAGCUGGAUUUGCCGACGUUGGAACGAGGCCUCGGGGGCGUAAGAGGUAGAGCUAAAGUUAGAAACCGUUAGAUCAAGCGUUCAAACACGG